AUGUCCGUGGAAAACGAUUGUACAUCAUCUCAACUUUUUCAUUUGGCUCUGCAUGUGCGUGUGUCCGAUUGCUUUUUCGUUGGAUUCCGUCGGCCAACUCUUCUUUUAUUCACUUUCACGACGCCGACUGUGCCUCGUUGGAUGCUGCUGCGGAAGAUGAGUCGGUGUCCACCUCUUGACCCCUUCGAGGAGACUUCACUUGACUUUCACGUAAAAAUGGAUCUAAUUAAGUAUUUGGUGUAA